UGCGCUGUUGGAUGUUUCUGUUGUUUAGUUAAAAAGUCGUAGAUGUGUAUUUUGUGGUUAAAAUCAUAGUUAAAACACAUUAUUUUAAGUUUAAUUUACUGUAAGCACGACUGAGCUUUGCAAAAAAUACAAUUGUCUGGAAUAUGACGGCGAUUCAUUAUAAUAAAAGAACACCUGUCAUGUAAUGUUAAUGAAUCAUGGAUCCAGUGUUGGACAAUGAUUGGAUUGGAAUUAAGCAGGAACCUGUAGAAGAGACAAAAAAUGUCGGAAAUAUUGUCCGCAGUUGGCAAGCAAGGGAACUUGGAAUAGUCCCAUCCAAUAGCCCUUCUAACAAAAAAGUCCUUGAAAAUGCUGCUGAAGAUAUUCUUGUACGAAAACAACUUAAUAUUAGGUCAUGUGAUUUACCUGGAUAUCCAAGAUCAACAUUUUUGAUGGUUUUCAGCCCAGAUGGCACCAAAGUGGCAUCUACUCACGGGAACCACAAUGUUUAUGUUUCUGAAUUAGCUAGUGGGAAGCAUGUUCGUAUACUUAAAGGUCAUCCCCGCACACCCUGGUGCAUCGCCUUCCACCCAUCACACCCCCAGCUGAUCGGUUCCGGUUGCCUUGGUGGCCAAGUACGUGUGUGGGAUAUUGAAAGUGGUGGAAGUGAAGUGUGGAAUGUUCGCAGUGAGACAGUGAUAGCAUCUAUUGCAUUCCAUCCUCGUGAGCAGCUGUUAGUUAUUGCAACACAUAAUGAACUUUAUUUCUGGGAUUGGAGCCACCCAGCACCUUUCACUAAAGUGUGUACUAACAAUGUCAACGAGAAAGUUAGGUAUGUCGCUUUCGACGCGCUGGGACACAAACUGAUAACUGGGAUAUCAUACAUACCUGGUGGUCCUCAAACACUACUGCAGGAACAACAGCCAUUGCGACCCACAGCUAACACAAGCAAUAGCAGAAGAGAUGACUCUGACGAUAAUAGCGACAGGCCAGCGGAAACCUCGGGAAGCUCUGAAGAUCUUAUGGCGAAUUCAUAUCAAAACUUAGUACAAAGAUAUGAUAGCCUCGUAAGGAAUUAUCAGCGGUUGUUUAGAGUUCGACAUAGGCUGGUGAAUAUCAACAACCCUUCACCACCAAGUACCAUUGACCGAGGCACGGACCCGAUGGAGACGGACGCGUCGCCGAGCCGCGGCACGCCGCUGUGGUCGCCGGCCCGCGCCGCCGCUCCGCAGGACAAUGCUAACGCAAGCAGUUCCAGGAGACAAGACAGCGGAGACAGCGAAGGUGAAGGCAGCAGCAGUCGCUUGUUGAAUCUCGACGUUCUGUCCAUCAACGGGAACUCAUCAUCGAGUUCCAGAAAUCUUGAAACAACAUCAAAUCCAAGACAAUCAAUAUUUGGAUCAAGAUCUUCAGCGUUUAUGCCGCUAAGCGAAGCCUACAGACGCACAGCUCGGGCGGGAGAGGCUUCUGAACGUUCCAGUAGACUUUUACCAAACCCUUUUUCAUCUACCAACACUGCGCCAAGAGGCCCCACUAGGCUAUUCCCCGACUACCGGCUACAACAAUUUAUUAGAGAGCUGAACAACUCGUCCCGUACCAGCAUUUUUACAUCCUCAAGACAGGAUUCCGACCGACAAAACUUUGCACAUGAUUUCGCACGACGAAGACGAAAUUCAUCACCAUCUACAUCUCGAACUAAUCCAUUACACCCAAAUGAUUCUCCGUCAACAUCUUCAACACCACCAUUGUCUAAUUCUGCAGCUGCAACCCGAGCUACUCCAGGGCCGUCUAGACCGACAAUGACAAACUCAUCAACACAAAUGAGCCCCUCAAGUGCACCCGUUGAUGCCCAAAGUAUUAACGAAAGCCUUGAUUUGAUUCGCGAUAUUUUAAGAGAUUCUGGUACAAGAUUAUUAAAUUUGAUCACAAAUAUGUCUUUAUCAACACUAGCUAGCGUAGAACGAAAUAGGCGGUUAAAUAACUCGCGACCGCAUUCUGACGACAGCGAAGGCAGCAGCCGACAAAGGCCGCCUAUUAGAACUCGCGUACGAUUAUUUAGUUCUAUUAUAAGGCGAGAUCUCCUAGCGUCAAGUUCCGAUUCUGAUAGCGAUCAGUCUUUGGAAGUCAACAUUUUUCGGACGAGAAACACAACUUUUCGAGAAGACGAUGCGAGAGUCGACGAUUUAAGCAAUACAAAUGACCCUGUUCCAGACAACGUGCCGCCUGCAACCAAUCGGAUGGUUUUCGAGCUUAACAACGAUGCUCGAGAUCGGGAAUCGUUCAAAAUUUCUUUGCCUAAAUCUUUAUUUAGGGUUCGAUCACAAAGUAAUGCAACUGGAGAAGAUGUCUCUUCUAAUACACAAAUUAAUUUAGAGUCCAAUCAAAACAGCCCCUCAACAUGUGGCGACAGAGCAUCAACAAGUAAGGAAGGUGAAUCAACGGAAAGGGAUUCAACUUCGACAAGUAGGAUUGGCACAUCGACUAGUAUUGAUGGUGCAUCGACAAGUAAGGAUAGCCCAUCGUCGACUAUAAUUACAAUUCCUAAGUAUUUAUUUAGAGGUCGAUCAGAAAGUAAUACAACUGGAGAAGAUACCUCCUCGAGUACACAAAUUAAUUCUGAGUUCAAUCAUAACCGCCCAUCAACAAGUCGCCAAAGAGCAUCAACAAGUAGGGAAGACGAAUCUACAAAAAGGGAUUCAGCUUCGACCAGUAAGGAUAGCCCAUUGUCGACUAUAAUCAAAAUUCCUAAAUAUUUAUUAAGAUGUCGAUCACAAAGUAAUGCAACUGGAGAAGAUGCAUCCUCUAAUACACAAAUCAAUCCAGGGUUCAAUCAUAACCAACCAUCAACAAGUCACGAACAGGUAUCAACAAGUAGGGAGGGUGAAUCCACAGAAAAGGAUUCAGCUUCCACAAACAGGAUUGACACAUCGAUUAGUAUUGAUGUUGCAUCGACGAAUAAGGAAGUUCCAUUGACGAGUAGGGAUGUUCCACCGACAAGUAGGGAUAGUCCAUUGACUAGUAGGGAUGUUCCAUCGACGAGCAGGGAUGUCCCAUCGACGAGCAGGGAUGUCCCAUCGACGAGUAGGGGAGUCCCAUCGACGAGAAGGGAUGGCCCAUCAAUGAGUAGAAAUGUCCCAUCGACAAGUAGGAAUAGUCCAUUGAGGAGUAAGGAUGGCCCAUCGACGAAUAACGAUGGUCCAUCGACGAGUACAGAUAGCGCAUCGACAAGUAGAGAUGGUGCACCGACAAGAAGCAAUGUGGUUUCUUCAGAGGAAGCUUUUAGAAAAGUGAAAGGAGGCGUAAAAGCACUACACAAACAUACAGCGCAAUUAGCAGAUAUAUGGGUACACGGGAAUCGGAUCACAAUCCGCGAAUUGCGCAUUAUGUGGGAAAAUCUAAGGCGACGCGUGCUAGCAUUACACAGAGAAACAGGAAGACAAGACGUACCAAGUUAUUACACUCGAUCUUUACUAGAAAGAUGUAUGAUGCUGACUGAAAUGUCGGAUAAUCUUAAUCUUGUGUCUAAUAGGAACGCAAGAAGUAAUCAGAGAAACGAUGUUGGUAGUAGACCAGGAGAAGAGGCUCGUGACGAAUCUAAUCCAGAUAAUUUGGGCACUUCAAACCGCAGUGAAAGUAACACCUCGACUGGCAACACAAAUGACAAUAGGCAAACACAACCACCUCGUAGGUCGGCAGCGGCUAGAUCACCAAGCUUCCGUUCCUUACCAUCCAUGAGAAGAAGGUUACUUUCUAGUUAUAGAUGGAGGCCAGAAGAUGAACUAAGAAGAAGGUACCGCAUUCCAACUUCUAAUCGUCUCACCGCUCGUCGUAGAGAACUAGCACGAGCUUUUGAAAUUAGUGCUAGUCGCCAUGAGAUACGUAUGCGAGCCAUGCAAGUACUUUCAAUCAUGUUUAAUAUGAUGAUGAUGUGCCUGGAAGAGCGCGGUCUCAGUCAGAUCAUUAUUGAUAUGUUGCGAACUUUGAAGAAAGCACUGGCAUUGACAUGUUUAAUCUUCAUGAUGAAUAGAAACCGUGCAGGAAGCAGUAAUACACCACCUACCCAAAAUGUGGAUUCGCUCAAUGUCAUACGCAUUCAGAAUGUCGAUCAUACCGGUCCCGUCAACGUUGAUGGCCCUGACGACCCUGCCUCCCCACAAGUGCCUAAUGAAACAGAAGAUUAUCAAAAAAAGAGCGAAGAAAAUAAUGAGACACAAGAGCCAACACCUUCAACUUCACAAGCUCCACCUUGUCCAACGGCAUCUGCUUCUAAUAGAGCUUCACAAAGAUGGAGUAAUAGACUAGCCGUACAAAUUGCUGCGGCGAAUAGAAACAACUCCGCGACAGCUAGAAGUAGACGAGAUCUUUACCAAGAAUGCAAAAGACUGAAAGCCCUACAUAGAACAAAUCCAACUGCUCAUCCAUUAAUUAAAAAGAGAGUUUUACCACCUGCAUCAACUUACAGAAUACCAACGCUGCGUCUUUUGCCAAGUACAUUAAAAUGUUCCGGUUUGGUAACACCGAGGCCAAGACCCGUAAACAAUGACGAACCAGUCGCCGGUCCGUCGAAUGAAUCCCCUCCGGCUGAAAAUCAGAACCGCGAAUCGCUAAUGAAUGAAUUUGAGCACAGAGUCAAUUUGAUUCGUAUAGCACACGCUCAAGCAGCUGGCUUGCGACAUGCUGCACGAAACAGAUUUAGGCGUCUUCAAACAAUUCGCUUAUACACUCCAUCUUCGGUACGGGAAAUGUUUGCUCUUCAGACUAAUAAUUCUGAUACCCAACCGGGAAAUCGCUCACCCCAAAAUGGUUCCGAACUUGGCGGUAGACGUACUUUUGCUGCCUAUGCACCUGUAGCUCCCCGAGCAGAAUCAAAUGGCAGGUCACUAGAUGAUUUCCGUGCGGCAUUUAAUAAUUUGACAAUGCCGCUGAUGCAAGUUAACGAUCAAUCCCCACCUAACGCGGAGGCUCAAGGACCGCAACCGCAAAGAUUUCCUCGAAUACAUGAAUAUUUGCAGCCAAUCAUAUUAGCUCAGAACGCGAUGGUGUUGGACGUGGAGGGUGGGGGAGGCGGCGAAGGCGGCGGCGGCGGGGGCGGGGGCGGGCCGAAUGCAGUAGGCGCGGGGGGCGCGGCGCGGCGCAUGAGCGGGCUCGCGGGACUGCUGGACGCGGGCAUCAUCUCCGAGCCGCAGUCCCCGCCCUCACACCGCGUGCAGGCCUGGGACUUUACCACCGGAGACACGCCCGACAUCGCUGACAGCACGAAGAAUGUGGUGGUGCAGCGAUGCAAAAUUCACAACGACGCCAGCAUCGAUAUCUCCAAAGACGGACGAAUAUUGGUCGCGUUACUUCCCGUGCCGCGAUUCAGGAACCGUGAUUUAGCAAACCAUUGGCUUGGCGUAUACUCGCUGGAGUGGGGUCGCCUGGGGCAGUGCCUCCACACAGCUGUGCUGGAACAGAGCGCGGUGUCAGUGGCGUUGUCGCCCACCGGCCGCCAUCUAGCAGUGGGGCUUGGCUUACGGCGAAUCACCAACUCUCCUCGGGCUAGGAACAACGUCAUUGCGCUACUGUACAAACUAGAACCAAUUGAAAGCUCAAGUCGCACCGGCUUGACACCGGUCAAGGAAUUGGAGCAGAACUGGGCGCACAGUCUUACUAGUCUCAACUGCAUCCGCUGGGCGCCGCAGCCGGGACAAGGCCUGGUCUACGCCAACAACACUGGACAACUCAUAAUCAUGAGCUAAACACAUGAUGUACAAUAAUAUUGCAUUAAAAAAAACAAUGUAAUAUUUUUAACAGUCACUGCCAUUGGACUGAGCAUGUGUAAGUCGCCGCGAGCUCUUGCCAAUUUUUCGUUUAAACCUUUAACUUUUUUUUGGGACAAAUUCAGACAUAAUAUCCCUCCGUAUGACAGAUUUGGAAUCACUCCGGCCUUGGCUUAUAAUGUCUUUUUAUUUAACAGGCAAGUUUUAUUACGGACGUAGUCACUUUUAUCCAUCAACGACUGCCCUACAGGAAGAUCACGAACGUCAUCGUCGUAAUACAAUUUUGGCUUGCCUUGACCACAGUGUAAUUUUUAUUAAUGGCUUACAAUUUGUAACAUGAGUAAAAGAUAUCUUGCGAUUCGCAGUUUUUUAACAUUUGAGUGUAAAACCUAUGAUAUGGUCCUGAAAUAUUGCAAUGUUUUAUUAGGAAAUUACAAAUACCUAUUGUCUUAUGAUCUCGGUGUCAUUAUACUCAUAAACCUAUGAUUUCGAAUUUAUACUUACGAUUGUUUUGGGUUUUGUAGUUUUACGAGAGAUUUAAGAGUUCCUGACAAUUGCGUAAAAUUGAAGAAAUAAAAUUAACAACAGUGAUCUCAAAUAUGUGUCGAAGGCGAUGAAGUAAUGAAACUGAACUAAAAUUAUAUUUAUAAAAAGAUAUUUUUAAUUCAUUUAUUGUACUUUGCAAGAAGUGGACUGAACAGAGGUAGAAAGACUAAAAUAAUGUAAUAGGCUAUCACAUGACCUCUAUUACAUUUUUGAAAGCUAAUAAAACCCUGAUUGCUAUAGGUAAAUGAUUUGUAAAUUUAAGCGAUUAAUUGGUGAUAAAAUCUAUCGACUCUUUAAUAUAUAAAUCUUUAUACCGGUCGUAAAUAAUAAUACAAAAAUUUAACGUUUUGGUUACAGUGCAGAUCUCAGUCAUACAUAUGGCAAUCGAUAUUAAAACAAAAAUUAUUUUACUUUGCUUGAUAUAAUAUAUAAUAUUUCAAUAAAAAUAUUCACCGACAGCUCAGUGUGAUAAAAUAAAUAACUAUUUCCGUACCCUUGUCACAUCCACUGUAACCAAAUUCUAAAUUAGCCGCCUUUCUAAACAAGCUAUCUAUAGUGUAAGUAUAUUAACGGAAAAGGUAUCCAAGUGGAACUUGAAAGAUUUAUCUUAUAUUAGUACUGGCGUUAACUUCCAGAAAUUUUAACCAUUGCUUGUACAUUUAUAAUUCUAAACUUUAUGUAUUUAUUUUCCAUAGUUUAAUUAGUGUUUAUUGUCUUAAGACUACUUACUUUAAAAAUAAAUAACAUACAAUAUUGCUUUGUUAUAAUUAUGUUAUGAAAUACAUCAGAAUCUCAGUGCAAGCUAUAUCAUGAUGUGUUUCAUCACAAUGUAUUUUAUUUUUAGAUUAAGUACAUAAACUUGGACCUUAUGUAGGUAAUAAGAUUUUAUUAAAGUAUGUUACCCCAAUGUAGGUUAAGGAAAGAAACUGUAGGAUACACUGUAUUUAGUAACAUUUAAAAAAAAUUACAAAAUAAUGAUAACGUCAGUUCUUUUGUGAAACGAUAUUUUUUUCACUUAGUUUGUUUUCCUUAAAUUUCGUGCAUCAUUGCCAAUGUUGCAAAGGUUUAUUUGCGGUACACAUGCCACAAUCAAAAAAGGUCAAUGACCGUAAAAAUGCUCUGCUAGAGGCCUGUCCCGAAUUUCAAUGUGCUAAAAAAUUCGAUGAAGGUAUUUAUCAAGUUCAAUUACAAUUAUAAUUUUUGUAUUAUACUACUUUACUACCCAAAAACUACAUUCCGGACACUAUGGCCGGCUUUUUUUUGUGUAUAAUUUUUAAAAGACUAUUUAUUUAUUUAUUUAACUUUAUUUACCUACUUUGAGCAGGGUUGUUUAUUUCAAUCGUCCUCUUAUACUGCUACAUUCUUUUAUGAUUUUUUCCUGGCAAGGGGUCUGCAGUUUCCAUGGUAGUAUAUUGCAUGCCAAACCCGCCGGUUUACUAUUGUUUAACAAAAAACGUAUGACAAAAGAUCAUUUUACAAACAACGUUAGAAAAACUUAUCAUUUGACAAACUUUCAUAUCCCAAACGUAUUACUUUAAAAACAAUCGUUUGAUAUAAUACAGGUUUCGCAAAUGUUUUACUUGGAAAAUUAUUAAUCUGUUAAAAUAUUAUUUUAAAAGUAAUCACAUUAGGAAAUAAUUCGUUUGCCAAAUUGGUGACUGUACAAAAAGUUAGAAGAUAAAUAUUUUCUAACCAAUACUUGUUUCAUAUAGGAAUUUAUGAAAUAAAACACAUUCGAGCUUCGGUCGCAUGAUGACGCCAUCACAAACUGAUUUAUUAUAUAGAAAUAAGUAGAAUUCGGUUGUGGUCGAAGUUCUAGCCUAACCAAACCAGCCAUUUCAGUUUACCCUACACAUAAUUAUUAUAUGAUUUCGUGCUUAAAGUUAAAUAUUCGUAUGUGUAAUUUUUAUAUUUUGUCAAAUGUUGUUUAUGCUUUACGUUGUUUUGCCAACUAACAUGUUUAAACAAAUAAUCAAUUUGUGAAAUAUAGUUUUAGCAUAUUAUUAUUUUACAAUUAAUAUAUUGUCUAAUGAGUAGUUUAUUAAACAAUCGUUUGUAAAAUAAUAAAUUUAACAAGUAUAAUUUUGUCAAACGUUAUUUUUCAAAUGAAAAUUUGUUAUUUGUUUUUUGUCAAAUGUUCGGACACCCAAACCCGCCAUCUAUCCAUAUGGCUUUCUACAAUCGUUUUUUCCUUUUCACAUCCAAUAAUUUGUUUUCUUUUUUACGUUAGG